CAGUGCCCAUAGAGACAUACGCGCCAACCCGGGUGUCACCACUAGUAUUCAGUGCUCCAUACAUUACAUACAGUGCCAAGUGUUUGUGAAAAAACAAAAAAAAUAUAUUAAAAAAUCGGGAAUCCAAGAUGGCGUCUCUUCGAGUCAGAAAUUUUGUCAUAUUGCUUAUGAUGAUGCACGUCAAUGCUCAACUCGUGAGGAAGGUGGAAAAGGAUGAGGUUGUCAUCACAGCAUUAAGGGAAGCGACAAAUCAAACAAAAGCAGACACUUUGAAUUUACCGGCAAACGCAUCUUCUAUCCGGGAAAAUAUCACGGACACUUUCAGUUGUGAAAACCGCACAUACGGCUAUUACGCAGACGUGGACAAUGAUUGUCAAGUGUUCCACGUGUGCCUCCCCUCGCAGACUCCCUCCGGACGCAACGUGACUUACCGCUGGAGUUUCAUCUGUCCCAGCGAGACUGUGUUUAAUCAGGAAGCCCUCACUUGCACGCGACCGGCAGAUUCCAUCGACUGCAAAGACUCUCCCGACUUCUACCACCUCAACAUGGAAAUAGGCAAGGAAACCAACAAGACAGAGGAAGUAGCAAACAAGAGAAAACUCCAAAAAAGAAAACAAGAGAAGAGAAAAGAGAACUUGGUAAUGGAUAAUAUGAUUAUGGGUAAUUUAGGUAAAGAUAUGAACGAGGAAGUAAAAGACCAUUUAAAAGGUGUUGGGUUUGGAAAAGGUGAUGAAGGCAGUCCAGUAUUGAUAGAAGCAGUUAUAGAGACAAUGGAUCCUGAUGUGGAAGAUGCAGAGUUAGAACAGAGAAGAGAGGAAGAAAUGGAUAGACUGAUUAUGGAAAGAAAUAUGAGAAAUGCAAGAAAUAUGAAGAGAGGUUCGUUAAGGUUUAAUGGUGAUGUCUGAUUUUAGAUUUUCUUUUGUCAUUGAUUAGUGUCAUUGAUCGGCAAUCAAUGACAAAAUGAUUGUAUUCUUCGGUGUAUUUUUUUGGACUUUGUUUUGUAAUUCAGAAAGAUUAAUGGGCAUACAAACUUAAAAUUACUUUCGGCUAACUUCUGCUAGCGGUUUUUCGCGAUUACGGUGGUAACAUACCUUAUCCUCUUCAAAAAUCCGGCAUAAAAAUUGUCCUAUGUUCUUUCUCAAGGUCAACUCUAUCUCUGUACCAAAUUUUAUUAAAAUCAGUUCAGUGGUUUACACGUGAAAGCGUAACAGACAGACAGACAGAGUUACUUUCGCAUUUAUAAUAUUAGUGAAAGUCAGUUAAUCCUAAAAUUGAAGUCCAAUCAAUAAAAAUAAAUCUACAUCAUGCCUUAGCCUAAGUUUUGAGUGGCCAAGUGUAACCUAAGUUAUAAUAAGUUAGUUCUAAGUUAAUGUAAAUAGAGAAAUUGAAGAUUAAAUAAAUGAUACUGUUCAUUUGUGACAA